AUACCCACAUCAACCUUAUCACCCUUGUUUUGCAUGCUGUACCUCUUUACAAUCUCCCAUGUAUUGAAUAAAAUAAUCAAUUAGUUCCAUACUCUUAAGAACUUAGGAGUAAUAUUAUUUGUACAACAAAAGUUAAUAACUUUAUUUAGAAUACUAAUUUCCUUCCUAAUAUUUAUAUGAACUACCAACUAAGUUUUCUGCUAAAGACAAACACAAAUAGCAUUUCUGGCUCCAAAGAUCAGACAGUGAAGAUUGGAGUAUCAUAGAGCACAAAUUCAGCUCAAAAAAUUUUGCCAGCUGUUAACUUUUUCAAGUUCUGAAUUGUAAUAUACUCAAAAGGGUCAUAAAAAUUUCAAUGGCUUAUGGUGAUAGAAACAGAGGAUCCUCUGUUUUUGAUGGGUUCACUCUGAGUCCCCUGCCAUAUCCUGUUCUGCUGAUCCUAGCACUGAUCCUAAUCUUCCUUGGAGUUUCAUGGUACUUUUCAUAUGAAGAAGUUGUUGAAAGUGCUCAAGUGCAAUUGGGGUGGUUACUAUUUGCCACUCCAGUUCUGCUUAUACUCAUAGUUCGUUGGUUGUCAUCAAUGGAAAACACUGAGUGGUUCUCCGGUUGGGACAGACGCCGGAGAACCACCCAGGGAUCCUCGGAGGGGAGCUCACCAUGGGGUGUGGCUGCCUUGAUUGUUGUGUUGCUUAUAUUGAUGCAAUAUCAAUCCAUUUUUCGUGAUAACUGGUUUGUUUGAUUUUAAGUCCAAACCACUUAAAGACAAUUCAAGGGGAAUCAAGCAUACAUAUAUAACUUGAACCAACUAUCUUGGUUGGUUGGUUAGUUUGAUUUGGAACUCCUACUUUAGAUGCUUGUUUUUUUAGGAGAUUGUAUUUUGUUUUUUAUAUGAAUAGUGUAGAAGGUGCUUUUGUAUGUAUAUUCUUCACUAGUUCAGUCUGAAGUUAUUGGAAAUUAUUAUGAAGAACACUGAGUGAUUGGUGAUAAAGA